AUGAGCCUGUGCAGUGAGUUCAGAGGCACCGCUCAGAGCAGCUGUGGCUCUGUGGAAAUUGUGCCACAGCUGUGGCUGAAGGCCACAAACGCAGAGGGACAUUGUUCACCAUGUGAGACGGACUGCUCCAGCGACAGUGAGAGUGAAGAUAACUUCAUAGUUGUCCCUCCACGAGACCACCUCGGCCUGGCCAUAUUCUCCAUGCUCUGCUGUUUCUGGCCACUGGGGAUCGCAGCCUUUUACUUCUCCCAGGGGACCACCAAGGCGGUGAACAAAGGGGACUUCCCACUGGCCAACAUCGCCUCCCGAAGGGCUUUGUUCCUCGCGGCCCUCUCCAUCACUAUAGGCACCGGUGUGUAUGUAGGGGUGGUGGUAGCUCUCAUUGCCUACCUCUCGAAACCAGGACACAUAUAG